AUGGAGAAGCGGCGGCGCCGGAGCGCGGGGAGCGCGUCGCAGGAGCGCAGAGCGCGGAGCGAGCGCGGGGAGCGGCCCCAGCUCCAGCCGCCGCCGCCUGCGGGGCCCGCGCGUUCCCUGGCCGCGCGCCCGCCGCGCCCCGCAAGGUGCCGCCGCCCGCCCAGCCCCGGCUUCGGCCGCCCGCGCCCGCUCGCUCGCUCGCUCGCUGCGCCGCGCGUCCCCGCACUCCGGCCCCGCCCGCCCGCGCCCACAGCGCCCCCGCAGCCCGGGCGGCGGCGGCCAGACCUCCAGACGGCGGACCCGGCCUCAGUCCUGGCCAGCACCUCGAGUCCCCCAACGCGGGAGUGUGGGAAUGCCGCUGCGGGGCGCCCUGAUGCUCUGCAGGCUGCCCGCAUAAGAUCCGUGAAGACCUGCCACCAGCAGCACCCCCAGACCACCCUCCAGGGCCCACCGGCCGCCCCUCCCCCGCCGGUCCGCCUGUCGGAGGGAGGAGGUCUGGCGGCGGCCGAGGCCCGCACAAGCGUCCCCGGGGAAAUCUGGGCCGGGCCCUGCCCAGAGCGCCUGUGGACUGAUUCUGCUCCCGCCCCCAGGGCUGCCCUGCCGAAAGGAGGGCACGCCGCACGGCCCCCACAGAUGCCCCCCAAAUCCACCCUGGCCCCCGCGGGCAAACAAUCUCCAACCCUUGGAAGCCCUGAGCCGCCGACCCACCAGGACAGCCCCCAGACAUCGACCCCGGCCACCAACCGAGCACAGGGGCCGAAAGGGGGACAGCGACUUAGGGGAGAGACUGGUGCCCUGGCUAAAGGAGACCCAGCCUCCCUCGCCCCACUGCAGACUCGGAGUCUGGAACAACUGCAUCUCUGCCCCAGUGCAGAGCGAGACCUGGGCCGCAGCGAUACAGACUCAAAGAUUCAGGACCCAGAAACAGCCCGUGACAGUGACACUCACCCACGGUCCAGCAGCCCGGGAGCCCUGAAGGCGCUAGAACGUUCAGGAAACGCUGCCCGGCUCUGCUGGACGGAACCUUCCCAAAAGCAGCCGGAGGGCGACUCCCCGCGUGCAGAAGUUCAGGGACCCUGGCCCCCAGACCUCUCGGGUCAGCGCGGCCCGCAGUGUGGACCCGAGUCCGGAGCGCAGGUGGCAGGGCCGCGGGCUCGGGUGGCGGGCGCAGCCCAGAGAGGCACCCUCGGGCCCUGGCUGUGCCCGCUUCAGGUCCCGCCACGCCACUGGAACCCGCGCCUCGGAACCUGCCCGGGCCCAGUCGAGGGCCGAGCCUGGCUGGGAAGCUGGGAAGCUGGAGCGCGCCCCGACCCUGCUUUCCGCCCCCGCGCCCCGAGCCCCGCCGACCUCGGGUCUCCGCGGCCCGACUGCGCGUCCCGGUCGUCGCAGCGCCGAUCCCGGGCUCCGCGCCCGAAGCUGCUUCCGUCGGCCGCUGCCCGUCCCUGCUCCGCUCGGAGGCGCCGCGUGCCCGGCCGUGGCCGUCGCCCCGGCCCCGCGUCCUCAGCCCGGCCCGACCGUCCUCAGCCCCGGCCCCGCGUCCUCAGCCCCGGCCCCGCGUCCUCAGCCCGGCCCGACCGUCCUCAGCCCCGGCCCCGCGUCCUCAGCCCCGGCCCCGCGUCCUCAGCCCGGCCCGACCGUCCUCAGCCCCGGCCCCGCGUCCUCAGCCCCAGCCCGGCGUCCUCAGCCCGGCCCGACCGUCCGCAGCCCCGGCCCCGCGUCCUCAGCCCGGCCCGACCGUCCGCAGCCCCGGCCCGCCUCUGCCCGCGCCGCCUUUUAAGCGCGAGGCCGCCGCCCCCGCCCCGGAAUGCGCCGCGUCGCUCGCAGGACCGGUCGGGCCGGGCCGGGCGGCUUCGGGCCCGCGGGUCCGCGGCGGGUCGUCCUGGGCCGGUACCGGCCCGCGCGGGGGUGGCCCUGACUCACCGCCCCGCCCGGCGCCCCCGGCCCCGCGCCCCGCCCAGCGCACCUGGCGGCGGGGCCCGCGCGAACCGGGGGUCGGGCUCCCCCGAGGGGGCUGCCUGGCCCGGCCGGCUUCAAAGGGAGGCGGUGGGAGCCGCGGAGGAGGGAGAAGAGAAAGUGAAACCGGCCCCAGGCCCGCAGGGGAGCCGCCCACUGCGGGGAUCAGGAGAUGGGGGGCGCCGGCCGUGCGCCUCCGCAGGGCCCGCGGGGCCUAGGGCCUUGGCUUGGCACCGGAGCCCUGAACUCCACCUGCGCCCCAGGGGGCCCCUACCUGAACCCACCAGGAGGGCAGAGACCCCAGAUGGGUCAGCUCUGCAUGUGGGGUGA